GCGCGAGGAGCGGGGCCGCUCGGGCAGCGCCGAGAGCCCGCGGAAAAACCCCCGCUGCCCCGGCGCUCCUCCCGCAGCCGUGCGGCGUCUCCAGCCACAGGAACCGGGCUACCUGCGCCCGGCGCGGGAGAAAAAUGGCUCAAAUUCUUGGACCAACAACAUCCAUCCAUGAUGAGGAAUCCUUGGAAAGCAGAAUGGUGGUUACAUUCCUCAUGUCAGGACUUGAGUCAAUGUGUAAAGAACUUUCCAAAUCCAAGGCAGAAAUUGCCUGUAUUGGUGUAUUUGCAAGAAAUGUUUUUGUUGUUGGAACUGAGAGAGGAAAAGCCUUUGUCAACUCUAGGGAAGAUUUUAAGACGGAUUUUAUGGAAUACUGUGUUACAGAGGAGGGCAGGCCUCCAGAACUGCAGAAAACAAAGACUACACCAGCUGUAAACAGACAGAUGCUGGAUGCUGAGGAGCUGGAGGCACUUAGAAAGUCUGUGGAGGAGUUUUUCUGCUUUUCCUAUGGUAAAGCUUUAGGAAAGUCAACGGCAGUACCUGUGCCAUAUGAAGAGAUUCAGAGGAACCAGUCUGCUGUGAUAGUGCAGGGCCUGCCUGAAGGAGUCACAUUUAAACAUCCAUCAAAUUAUGAUGUUUCCACCCUGAAAUGGAUUUUGGAAAAUAAAUCAGAGAUCUCAUUUAGUAUCAACAGGCCUUUCCUAGAACCAAAGAAACAGAUAGAAGCUGAUGUGACAGCUCCUUCACGUUCAGUUAUACCCCCAUGUGAAAGUUGUCCUCCUGUUAAUGUGAAAACGGAACCAAGCAAGGAUUCUGAGACCAAUGAGGAUCAUGGAAUUUCUUCCAAAUUGUCAACAGUAACAAUGAAACAGGAAAGAGAUGAUCCUAACUACUAUCAGUUUAAUACUCCAGCAGGCCCUUCCAAAACAGCAGAGGUAGAUGAAAACAUUGCUCCUGGAAAAAGUUACACAGAGGCCUCCCAGAAUGACUCAUCAGACACAAGUGAGGAUUCUGAGGCUGAGUUCAGUAAUGAAGAUGAUGUUGAUGUUGGUGAUGAUAAUGAUGAUGAUGACGAGUACAUGCCCCCUGAAGAGAGCUUGAGGAGCCCCAGUUCAGCUCCUGAAGCUGCCAAUACUGGGAGAAGAAAUGCUGAAGAAUUCAGUUUUGAGACCUCCCACCAUGACAUGUCAGAAAUAAGUGAGAAACCUGAGGUUGAGGUCACCAUUGAAGAAGAUGAUGAUGACUACCUACCACCUGACAAGAGACAGAAGAGCACCAAGUCGGGUAAUGAAGGGGCCAGUGCUGGGAGAAGAAAUAGAGAAGACUCCAAUUCUGAUUCCUCCCAGAAUGACUCCUCAGAAGCAAGUGAGGAUUCUGAGGCUGAAAUCACUAGUCAAGAUGAUGAUGAUGAUGAGUACCUGCCCCCUAGCAGGAGAAAGAGGAGGAGGAACACCAGGUCGGCUAAGGAAACUGCCAAUAGAAGGAGAAGAAAAGCACAAUAUUUCAACUGCAAUUCUUCCCAACAUGACAUGUCAGAAAAAAGUGAGGAUCCUGAGGUUGAAGUCACUUUUGAUGAUGAUGAGGAUGACUACCCACCACCUGACAAGAGACAGAGGUGCAGCAAUUCAUCUAGUGAAGAUGCCAGUGUUGAGAGAAGAAAAGAAGAAGACUUCAAUUGUGAGUCCUCCCAGCCUGACUCGUCAGAAACAACUGAGAAUCCUGAGGUUGAGGUCACUGUUGAAGAUGAUGAUGAAGACAAUCUGCCACCUGACAAGAGACUUAAGAGCAAUAAUUUGGCAAAUGAAUCUUCCGAUGCUGAGAGAAAAUCUGAAGAGUUCAGUUCUGAGAUCUCCCACCAUGACAUGUCAGAAACAAGUGAGAAUCCCGAGGUUGAGGUCACCCUUGAAGAUUCUGACCAUACCUACGUGUACCGUGAGAGGAGACGGAGGAGCACCAGGUCGGUCAAUGAAGAGUCCAAUACUCAGAGAAGAAAUGAAGAGUUCAAUUCUGAUUCCUCCCAGCAUGAUUCAUCAGGAGGAAGUGACGUUUCUGAGGCUGACCUCACUAGUGAAGAUAAUGAUGAUGACUACGUACCCAGUGAGAGGAGACAGAGGAGCCCCAAGUCAGCCAGCGACUCAGGCAGCAGUGGGAGAAGCAGAGGAAUAAGGUUCAAUUUUGACAAAUGGAAUACACGAAUCACAGACUUGAGAAAGGAAGUUGAAGUGCUGUUUGAGAAAAAAUAUGCUGAAGCUAUGAAAGUAGAGGGCCCAGUACGUGUCCCAUAUGCAACCUUCCAGUCCCAUCCAGAGGAUUUGAUUGUGGAAGGGCUGCCAGAUGGGAUUCCCUUCAGGCGCCCGGCCACGUACGGCAUCCCCCGGCUGGAGAGGAUCCUGCUGGUCAAGGACCGCAUCCGCUUCAUCAUCAAAAAGCCUGAACUUCUGAAUUCAACAGAUCCUCCAGUGGUCAAUACAGCUUCAACAGUCUCAAACACAGCGAAAGAGGACUGGCAUUCCAGAGUCACCAAACUGAGAAAGAUGGUAGAUCAACUUUUCUGUAAAAUGUAUGCCAAGGCUUUGGGGAGCAAAGACCCCAGAGCUGUUCCAUACAAGAAAUUUGAAGUUUAUCCAACUGACCUCUACGUUGAAGGGCUGCCAGAGAACAUCCCCUUUAGGAGUCCCUCCUGGUAUGGAAUCCCUUGCCUUGAACAAAUAAUUCAAGUGGGCCACAAAAUAAAAUUUGUGAUCAAAAGGCCAGAGCUGCUAAAUCACGUUUCAAACGAAGGUACCCAGCACAGGUCAAACCCUCAAGGGAGAGAAGAUUGGAAUUCCAAGAUCACAAAGCUAAGAAAGCAAGUAGAAGAUAUAUUUAGUGUGAAGUUUGCCGAAGCUCUGGGGGUUUCAGAGUCAGUGAAAGUUCCCUAUUCUGUGUUUGAGUCAAACCCUGACUCCUUGGUGGUGGAAGGUUUGCCAGAAGGAGUCCCCUUCCGGAGCCCCACGUGGUUUGGAAUCCCGCGCCUCGAGAGGAUCAUCCGUGCCAGUAACAAAAUCAAAUUUAUUAUUAAGAAGCCUGAUCUUAUCAUUUCCCAUUUGCCUCUAAGACUGGCUAGUAAAUUAAAGAAAAAAGGAACUGGCCCAAGGACUUCCAAAAGGUCACGAAGUUCUUCAGAAAAUUCAAGUGUUCCAGAGAUUGAAGUUACUAUUGAAGAGAGUCCUAAAAAAGACCAAACCACAAAUGCAGAAACUAAUUCUGAUCCCAAUGGCUCCAAUGCAAAUUCAAAGCAACAAGGAAAAGACUUUUCUUUUGAGCUGUGGAAUGCCAAAAUCAAUGACUUGAAGGACAAAGUAGAAAAUAUGUUUAAUGAAAAAUGUGGAGAAGCUCUGGGUCGCAGUGGGCCAGUGAAGGUGCCAUAUGCACUGUUUGAUGCCUACCCUGAGGAUUUCCACGUGGAAGGAUUGCCUGAGGGGGUGCCCUUCCGCCAGCCUACCACCUUUGGGAUUCCCAGACUAGAGAAGCUCCUGAGGAAUAGAUCUAAAAUAAAAUUUAUUAUUAAAAAGCCUGAGGUGUUUGAGGCAGCUAUCAAAGGAAAUUCUGGUAGAAGCUCCCAAGGAAAAAAUAAUUCCUCCAGUAAUGCCAAUACAGCAAGGACCACAAAAAACACAGUGAAAACAGCUGAAAGUGCUGAAGACCUAAACAUUGUUAAAGUAACCAUAAAAGAUGAUGAAAAUGAGCGACUGCCAAAAGCAGAAAAUGCCAGACAAUUGAGAGAGCAAGUAAAUGAUCUUUUUAGCCAGAAAUUUGGUGAAGCCACUGGUAUGAAUUUUCCUGUGAAAGUUCCCUACAGAAAAAUCACUAACAACCCUGGCUGUGUGUUGGUGGAUGGACUGCCUCCAGGUGUGGCAUUUAAAGCACCCAGUUAUCUGGAACUCAGCUCAAUGAGGAAGAUUUUGGAUUCAGCAGAGUUCAUCAAGUUCACUGUCAUUAAGCCAUUUCCAGGACUUGUGAUUAACAAUCAGCUGCUAGAAGAAGCUGAAGCACAAGCAGAAUCACCAGCAGCAGCCCCUACCACAGCAGUUCUACCAGAGCCAGCUGAACCAAGCCAGAUAGAAGUAUCUCUAGGAGAUAACACAGAAACAGAAGAAGAGUUUCAAAUAAAGCAAGAUCCAGACCUGACCUAGACCUCAUCAAUACUGGUCAGAAGCUGCCUGUUCUGAGAAGAGCCUGCUCGGCCUGUCUAGAGCUGUGUAAUAUAACUGUAUAAGAGAAGUAUCUUCUAUACAAACUCUUUUGUACUAUUAUAUAGAAAUGUCUACUUUUUCAGCAGUUCUGUGAAUUGACCUAAUAAUGACUGUAGAUUUGGAUUGUAUGAGUUUACUUUGGAAUAUAUUUUAAGGACUAAAUUUGAUGCAGCAAUGCUGGGGAGAUGGCAGGGAUUAAAAUCAACAGGGACAUAGCUCAGGCUGUAUACAUUUUCCAAUAAAGCUGAAUUUCACUGUACCUGAAUGCAUCCUAACUUUUGUAAUGAAAAAAUUCCUGCAAAGAGUUCCAUUUGUUUACUUUGGAGGAAAAAACCCUCUACAUUAAUUUUCUGCUAUUACUUUAAUGUCUCAUUGGACAACAAUAUCUGUAUAUUUGAAUUAAUUUUUCCUAUUAUAUCUAUCAUAAUUAAUAUGUUUUUCCUAAAUAAAAGAUAAAAUUAUCUA